AUGCACGGGCCCUAUCUCUCCGUCCGGGCUGGGCGGUAUGGUCACAGCUCCAGGCAGGGCCGGAAGGGCGAGUGGGCUCUCCCCGGCGACUGCCUGCACGUCCGUGGCGAUGUGGACGCUCGCUCUCUCUCUCAGGGCCUCUGGUCCACUCGCCAGGCCGUCUCCGGGGGCCGCGCUCCCACGGGGAACCCUCUCCCCUCUCUCUCCAGCGCUCGUCCCGGCCAUAGUCAUCCUCCCGCUGGCCCCAGGGGGGCCUGCGGUUGUGGGCUCUAUGGUUCGCGCGUGUGGACGGACCAUAGUGUAAAGGCCAUACACCACGUCUCAGUGAGCAUCAGUCAGUCCCAGUCGGAGCUGGUCUGUGCAGAGGCGUGGGGCACAGAGCCACACUACAGUUGGCUUCACGACCGAGCGACUGUUUCCCAAACUGUGGGGCGCGUGUCACAGGACGGGACGCGGCUGCGCAUCACCCAGAGCCCAGUCUGCGGCCGCUUCACCUGCAGAAUCCACAACAAACUGGGGUCCGCCACCGCCACCUACACGGCCGAUGAGUGUGCGGUCAGGGACCACAGUGGGACUAUAGCAGCAGUGACGUGUGUGCUCCUCCUGCUGCUCUGUGGAGGUCUGCUCGGUCUGCUCCUGUGGAGGUGA